AUGUUUGUGAUGCGUGAAGGAGCUACGAGCGGUGGACGCGGGGGUGUAGUAGUCACAGCUGGGAGGCAGAACGUCAGUGGACAUUUGCAGUCAUCAGUCUCAGAGCGGCCCGACGAUUGCGGACUGGCAUUGGCAAAGUACUUCUGGGCUACAUCUACUGCUACCAAUCCCGGAAAAAGCAAGUUUUUGAAGCGGAAAAGAAACUCUGAUCAAGCCGAAAGUCGUGGAAAAUUUACUACUUUUAUGUGUGAGGGGAGUAUUUCGUUUCACGGACGCAGAAGCAACAGGAGCCGCUGGGACAUUGUUCCGCUGCUGAAGAAGACGACAGAGAAGUAGAUGUCCUUUCUAGGCAAAUAUGUAUCUUCCGCUUCCGCGUGGUAAAUCGAGUGCCGUAGGAUGUUACGACGAAAACGCAAAUCAAUCUUGUUGCUGGGUCCGAUCUUCUCUCUGGGGAGAUGUGGAAGGAAGAAGUGCCUUGCUGCAAAAUAAGAAAAAGCAAUGUGUCGUGUCCUCCAGGGCCUGUCCGUCGAGGGUGUUGGUCGUGAAAAUUCCAUCAAGAAUUUUUUCAAGGGGUCUGUUGCGGCGGACAAAACUUCCAUGACGGUAAACGUAAAGACAUCGAC